AUGGCCCAAGGACGUCUCCAAGGCAAGAAUGCCAUUAUCACCGGUGCUGCUGGCGGCAUCGGCCUCGAAACCACCAUCCUCUUUGCCCAACAAGGCGCCAACAUUCUCCUAGCCGAUAUCUCUGAACCAGCCCUGGCCAAGGCCGUUGCCCGCGUCAAGGAACUCGUUCCCACCGCUGGUCGCCUCGAGACUAUUCGCUGUGAUGUCUCUAAGGAAGCCGACGUUCAAGCUAUGAUCGAGUCGCAGGACAGCUGGGGUGGUGUGGAUGUCCUGUUCAACAAUGCAGGCAUCAUGCACGCCGACGACGCCGAUGCCGUCGACACCCCUGAGAAGAUCUGGGACUUGACCCAGAACAUUAAUGUCAAGGGUGUUUGGUUCGGCUGCAAGCAUGCUGUCCUUGCCCUGCGCCGCAACAAGAAGACCAAGGGUAGCAUCAUCAAUACCGCUAGCUUUCUGGCAUACACUGCUAGCAAGGGUGCUGUUCUGGCGUUGACCAGAGAGUUGGCUAUCGUUCACGCUAGAGAGGGUAUUCGAUUCAAUUCCUUGUGCCCCGGUCCGCUUAACACCCCGCUCCUCCAGGACUGGCUCGGCGACGACCAGCCCAAGCGUUUCCGUCGCGAGGUUCACUUCCCCAGCGGUCGCUUCGGCGAGGCUAUUGAGCAGGCCCAUGCUGUCGUGUUCCUGGCCAGUGACGAGAGCAGCUUCGUCAACGGUACUGAUUUCCUUGUCGAUGGUGGUUUGAGCAAGGCUUAUGUUACCCCCAAGGGCCCCGCUCCUGUUGGUCCCAAGAACCAGGCUUAG